CACAAACCAACCACAAACACCAUGAGGCCCACAGCUCCCGCCCACUCUGGCAUGCCCGGACCCAAGAACUACAUUGGUUGGUGGGGUGACAUGGGAGGACCCAAGCAAAAGGGUAUCAAGACAUAUGGUCUCUCCCCUUACCGCCAACGCCCCCUUGCCGGUAUGCUCCGUGCCUAUGUCUUCAACGGUUCCAAGCGAACGAUGCAACAACUUCCUUACGUCGCCCCCCCUCUUAUUUUCUUCUACGGCGUCUACUACUGGGCAAAGACCAAGUACGACUACUACAACUCCAAGCAGGGCCACUAUGACCACCUCAUCGAGGAGGGUGUGAUCAAGCCUGGACAGUACGAGAGGCCCACUGUUGGGCCUGUGGUUCAUUAGACGGCUUUGCGUAGUCUAUGCAUGUGGAUGGGCAAUCGAAUGGUUUCGCUUUUCCCCUUAUAGUGCCAACUCUGUCAACCGUAUGUCGGGAAUGUGGAGUGAACCGUUUUAUUUCG